AUGUCAGCGGAUACCAGUGCCACGAGCAAGAUUAGUGGUUCGUCGUUGUUUGAUGCAAGUGCGUUUGAGUCGUUUGGGUUGCACGGCUGUGGCCAUUCGAUGAUUGGUGCUACGCCUGCGGAGCAGCACGAGGCUUUGCAGCAUGGGCGGGUGUCUGGCAGCGCUUCGUCGGUUUCGUCUUCGUCGUCUGUUUUGUUGGGGGAGCUUGUUUUUGACAAGUUUACCUCCGCGGACAGUAUGGGCCAGCAGGAGUUACUGGUAAAGUCGGAGCAGGAGACGCCGCCGUUGUUCUCCGGCGACGCCAACACUGUGGAGCUCAGCUCGCAUGUGGUAGAGAGUUUCUUUGAGUCGAGUUCUGAUUCGACUCCUCUGCUAGGGUUGGACGGAGUCGACCACAGCAGCAAUCACAAGGAGUGGUCGUCUUUGUUUGACGACGAUAUACCCGUGACAAUAGAGGAUGUGGCCGAGGCGCAGAGUGUGAUGACGAGCGUUGAGGUGGAUAUGAACACUGGUUUUUUGCCUACUCCUGUGAUUGAGAAUAUGGAUCUCAGCGAUGAUGAAAAUAUCUUGGCACUGUCGUCGUCGGCUCUGGCUGGUGCAGGAGGGGCGUCAGCUCCAAAAAAGGGCAGCGUGGUGUCAAAGAAAAGCUCAUUGAAAAAGAGAGCAUCAUCGUCUUCUGGCUCGGUAAAGUACGACCAUUUGGGCGUCAUCAGCUACAAUCGCAAGCAGCGUGCGGGUUCGUUGACCCCCGUUGUUCCCGAAUCCGAUGAUCCAGUGGCUUUGAAGCGCGCCAGAAACACGGAAGCUGCAAGACGUUCGAGGGCCAGAAAGCUUGAGCGGAUGAACCAGUUAGAGGAGAGAGUUGAAGAACUACUUCAGAGAAAUAUACAAUUGGAGGAUGAAGUUGGAAGAUUGAAGGAGUUGCUGAAAAACCAGUCCUAG